AUGUCUAAGCCGGAUAGAUUUCUGGUGUCUGGGGAGUGGUCUGAUUUCUUCCUCCUUGCCUCGGUCAAGGCUUUACCCAAGCUCUUCUCUGAUCACUCACCCAUUGUACUAUGCUCUAAAGUUCUUUCUACUGGACCUAAGCCUUUAAGGUUUGAAGCUGGUUGGUUGGCAGAGAAGAAGGUGCUUAAUCUUAGCAAAAGUGCCAAGGAAAAUUCUAUUUCUAUUGAUUCAAUGAACUUUCAACUUCACAAAAAGCUCUUAAGUAUGAAACAUAAGCUUCUUGCUUGGAAGAAUGAUAAAGGAUUUAAUGUGAAAAAGAAAAUCGAGGAGGUGCUUAGCUGUUUAACAGAGGUGGAAUCUAGGGUUCAAAAUUCAGGAGUUCUACUUGAGGAGUUGGUUUUAGUAUGGAACUCUAAAAUUAAUGAGCUUCAUGAACUCCGCAAGGUGGAAGAGGUAUAUUGGAAGCAAAGAUCUAUAGGGCAAAUGGUUAAAGGAAGGGGAUUUAAAUACUAA